AUGGCAGCUGAGCAAACGACCAGACAUCGGAACGCACCCCCAGCAUAUAGCGAGGUUACCGGCCAACAGUCGAGCCAGGGUUUCAGGUCCGAGAAGGGCCCAUCUAAGCACUUUUCUGAGGAUGGGCCGUCUUCGACUCCGGCUGGUACAAGGCGACCGACUGUAUGGCGCAGAAUCUGGAACCGCCUUGCCCUCCCGCGUUGGUUGAGACAGGUCCGCUCUGAACCUCCUGUCAGCCCACUGCCGUCGAGAGAAUUAGAGAAUGCUCGGCCCCUUCCAAGAUCACAUCUGCCUUUGGCCGGCAGCGUGUCUCAGUACUCUGACGACGGGUGGAGGAGGCCAGUGACCACCUGCAGCGUCCAGACUGGCCGACUUCCACCCCGUGGCCGCUGGAGGUACAAACUGGCUCGCCAACACUGCCCGAUCGAACGCGCAACUCCGGAGGCACUAGAAGCAGCACCCUGGAUUGCCGAAGCCAUCGUCGGCGUCCAGGAUCUGCGUCGUCUGGUGCAGGAGCGACCGGCUUGGCUCGAAAAUCUUCACCGGUGCUUUUCUGACAAGAUCUCGACAAAGCGCCAUCCAUUACUCCCCAAUAAGAAGUUGUUCCGUCGACGCAUCAAGAUCUACUACAGGAGUCCUGACGGGGCGAGUCUCUCCCGGGCGGUCGGCAUCUCCAUCUGGCACCGCGAUGCCCAGUGGCUGGCAGCCCUGACAUAUGCCCGCAUGGCAACCAUGUUCCGCCCCGAAACCAUGAUGUGUGCAUCUGCACACACAUUUUCCGCCGAGGACGUCCUGGAUGUCGGAAAGGUGUUCUAUCUGGUCUUUCCUAAAUCGUGUUGCACCCAAUGGUGGCCUCCCUGCUUUCAGGGCGACGGCCGGUGCAUGUUUCGAAGGAUCUUCGCAACACACCUCUACCUGGAUGACCCGGAACUGCGAGACCUGGCUCACAGCUACUUUGGGCCCCAGCUACCGGGCGGCCGCCCACCGCCCAUGAAGAUGUGUCCGCCGGAGAGGGAAGACGCAGAAUGUGCCUGUCACAAUGCGUUUUUCACAUAA